UUCCUUCUAGCUUCUAGAGAUUGAGCUGCCACAAACGUUUCUCAGGAAAUACUGAUGUGGGUUUCCAUGCUUUGCAAGUUCCUAUGCCACAGUAUCGACAAAGCUCCACACUUAAAAAUUAGCGUUCAACUGAGGGUCAUAUAACAAGCAGGGACGUGAUUAAAUGGCAAAACAAACGUUUGUCUCCCGCAGAACCUGAUGAAAAUCAACUAUUCAGAUCAUUUUUGUUUCAAGAAUCACUAUUCGUCCAUCACCUUCAUGGCUUUUAUUUUGCUGUUUUCACUGGGUUCUUUGUUUCUACCUAGCACAGCAUUUUUAGAGGCCGGAGUUUCAAGCUAUCUCGAGAACGCAAUGUCUCACAUGCCUGAGGCCGGCUGGAAUCUUGUCAAACCAUGGGCUACGGAGAAACGGAAGGGCUUCUUUGCGGGCGAUGCCGCAGGAGGAAAAAUAUAUCAGGACAGAUUUGUUACACCCGAACAGGGAAUAUACUUUAUUGCACUAAAUUUACAACUGACAAAUGUAACUACUGGCAUCUUAAAAGCAAGUCUGGUAAUUAAUGACGAGUUUGAAAAAAAAAACGGAUUCGAAGGUUUUGUUGGAAAGACCACGUCAACAGAAACCGUAAGUAUGUCUGGAUUUUUGCUUCUUUAUGAGAACGACGUCAUAGCUUGCUACCUUAGUGGCUCAGCGGGAAUCCUGUUGUCUGACAGCACCUUUUCAGUGAUGAAGAUGUCACGAAUAGGUUCUGUCCCAGGUUUUCACGCUGUAUUAUCACGUGACCAAGUUAUUGAGCCUCACACCACCAGCCGGCUUAACCACUGGAGAACCAGUGGGUCCAAAGGUUUAUUUGUGAUGCAGAGCGGCACUUCACCUUCUGUUGGACUAUAUUGCUCAAUUGUUGAUGGAAUUCACAAAUUUACAUCAAACAUAAACCUCGAAUCCAAAACCCAAUCGACGAGCGUGGAUGUAAGUAUUGUUUUAAACUCAAAUACUACUUUGGUGAAGAGGUACUCGUCCGGAACAAAUAGAUAUUCCACUAGUGUGUCCGGAAUGUUUAACUUGACACGCGGAGAUUGUGUUGAGAUGAGGAUUGAGUGUACCGAUGAGGGACUCCCUGUAGUCUUAACAGGUACUAGUUUUUCAGGCCUUUUUCUUGAUCGACAAAUGGAGACUAAACGGCAAUUCUCCGCCAGUUUACCUUCCCACAAUCAAUUGCAAAUGAGUCCUGGAUGGAAUAAGGUACAAAACUGGAUCGUUAACUAUUCAAAAAGGAACUUUCCAUCCCUAGAGACGAUUCUGAAAAACAAUCAUAGCAAGUUCAUGCCGGACACUAGUGGAGUGUUCAUUGUGGUAGCUGUCAUGAAUAUAAAUGCCUCAACAGAAAGUCAGAGUGACUUACGAUUGCUUGUCUCAGUCACUGAGCCUUCAUCUGGUAACAGCGGACUAUUGGCAGCAUAUUCAUUCUCUUCAAGUCUCAGGUCAUUAAUUGUCAGCGGUCUUGUUUCGCUUAACAAAGGUGAUUCAUUAAGUGUUUACGUUUAUGGCGAUUCUCGUGAAAGCGAUAUGGUGGAUGGACUGUUUUGUGUUUCUGCUGUUCCCUACGACUGGCCAGGUGUUGCAGCUUCACUUACAGAAGCCAUUCCUCUGAAUUUCCCAGAAUGGACGAAAAUUACUGAUUGGAAAACUAACGGUGUUCCUGGGUUGUUCUCCUUCGACAAUGCAUUCUUUCCAACCAAAGGAGUUUAUCGGCCACAUCAAGAUGGAUCGUACUUUGUGUCCUGCAAUGUAAUUUUUGCAGGUGAAGGCAAGGGGUAUUUGUCAGCUAUAAUUGCUAUCGACGACUCAUUAGAUCCCAGAAAUGGACUUUACGCACUAGAUGAAAAUCCUAAAAGACUGGUCACCCUUAAUGUGGCUGGUUCCAUAGAACUUAGAAAAGGUCAAAAUGUCUCGGUGUACGUCAAAACUACAGCAUCGUCAUCCUGGAACGUUUCUAUUGAAACAGGCUUUUCAGUGGUGUUAAUUGGAGCAGAUUCUCUUGCUACCCCAGGAAUCUUAGCAGUUAAACAAGAGGAAGCCAGCGAAAUUUUCACUGGCGGGGAAAUUGGCGAAUGGAAACUCAUCCAACAAGUGUCUGACCCUUUUUUCCUGAGAAAUUCUCGAUUUGACUCAGCUACAGGCAGGUUCAAGGCUAAAGAAGAUGGUCUUUACCUCAUCAGUGCAAUAAUAUUAAUACUUCACUCAGGAUUAUCUCAAAUCAGAAUGGCCUUUGUAGCAGACGGACAGUCCAUUAAUGUAACAACCUUUCAGUCAAAUUCUUUAAAUUCAAAAAGUGGUGCCUUUGUCAGCACGCUGACGCUAUCCAGUACAGUACACCUUUAUCCAAAUCAGAAAGUUUCAACAUUUAUCGACUUACUUGGCCAAAACAGUUUCUCGUGUAAAGUACUGCCAAACAGUAGUUUUUCCGCCGUUUUAGUUUCUCGAUGGGAAAGUGAUUACACUGCCGGAUUUUUGGCAACCGCAAUCUAUGACGCAUUUGGGCAGACGGGAUAUAAGAAAGUCGCCGACUGGAAAUCUGUGCCGUCAGUUUCUAAAAAGUACAAGAUAACGCCUUCCACUUCAAUAAAUAUCAAGAACAGUGGCUUAUAUUUUCUGCAGAGCGUUUUAAUUAUAGUAGAUUAUGAGGGUGACAAGGCUUUUGAUAGUGGAGUUUGUAUCGAUGGGAUAAUUGCUCAUAAUGGCAUCUCGGCGUCGAAACUCAGUGACGUGCAGAAGAGUGGCAAAUUUGUCAUUAGUGCAUUUGGAGUGAUAUUCCUGAGAAAAGGACAGAAUAUUAGCCCAUGCAUAAAAUCUAAGAAAAGAUCUCCUUUCGCCACCAUAAAAGAUUCGUGGUUUUCGAUAGUGCGUUUUCUUCCGCGUCGUCAAACUCCAGGUUUUCAUCAAAUUCUCGAGGAUGGCAAUAAUAAAAAAGUGUUCCCGGGAUGCUCAGUAACAGGAUUUAUGUCAAGGGGUGGAGGCCAACUGGCCUACAUAAAUGGCGACAUAUACAAACCAAAUCCGACAUCACCGAAUGAUAAAGGAAACUUCACUGCACCUGUGAAAGGUACUUACUUGAUAUCUCUCUUGUUCACUCUAAUUGGAAACCUCACUGCAAAUGUCACUGCGUGUGUUGGAAGUCAAAAGUCUGCAGGGUGUCUCGUUAAAAUUUAUGACACUUGGAGGAAAAGAAACUACACCUUUGGGUUCGUUGGACUGAUUGACCUAGAAAAGAACGAAAUAAUUUCAGUCUGUCUUCAGCCUAAAACUGAGAUAUCGUCUCUAAUAGGAGUCACGAUAUCCGUUGAAUUUCGAGGUCAAGCUAACACAACUGUUCAACUAAAGCAUAUCUCCGACUGGUCAAGUUCUACAGGAUGGCAAGAGUUAACUCAGUGGAGAACUCGUGGUGGAUACUCCGUAGAUAAACUUUACGUGAUGGAAAGUGGGCUAUAUAUUCUCUCAAUUAAUUUGCAGAUAAAAGCAGGCGAAAGAAGCCUCUUUGGAGUGAAGUUUGAUGCUAGAGGAUUGUCAAAUCGCAGUGUUUUAUCUGUUUUAGCACACUCCGAAGGAGACGCUAUUGUGUCAUAUAGUGCUGCUGUCGUUGCUCGUCUGAAUGAAUCUGAAACGAUGGCUGCUUCUGUUUACUCCGAUUCGCAAUCAUUACUUGUAACAAACACCACAAUGUUUGCUGCAUUGGUAACUUCAAAUGACAAAUACUCCUGCUUAACACUGCGAUCGAAAACAAGCUAUUACAUCAGUGGAACAUGGUGGAAAGCUAUCGGAGAUUGGGAAAACUUUGAUGAAAAGUGCAAGUCUUCAAACUCAGAUUUCAUAAAAGGAAUAUUUGUUGCUGAACUACCGGGUAUUUACUUCCUGGCUACCACAGUUGUCGUGAAGACGUCACAUUUAUCAAAUCAAACAAGAAUUAUGGAACUUCUACUUACCGUCAAUGGGGACGCGAUGAAUACCAAUGGAUUAAAAGCUACCAAAAGUGUGACUGAUGGCUUGUCAGUGAUCCUAAGUUUAUCUGCUACCGCUUACCUUGAGCAGUGGCAGACGUUGUAUUUGAUGAUUAGAAGCAGUGGCGAGGGUGAUUUUGAAGUAACCAAUGGAGGCACAUUUAGCGUGGUACUAUUAGGUAAGACAGCAUAUCUCGUCGUUUUAUUUUAA